AAAAAAAAAAAAAGAAUGUUUUGACAUUUUCGACAAAAGUCAUCGAUCGGUGAUCAUCUGCAUGGAUGUUUGUGUACCGUUGAAUCCGGAAAACAAAAAAUUCCUUCGAUUAAUUUAUCUGAUUUGUCAAUCUGGUGAUGACGCUGAUGAUGAUAAAAAUUGGUUUGAUAAUGGUCGAUUUGAAGCACCGGAAAAUGAAUCGAAUACAAUCGAAUCUGGUUGUCAAAGAAUUUCAUUGGCUGCUAUGAUGGUACAAUAUUUUUAUUGGAAAACAACGGGGAAAACUUUUCGCUUGGAAUUUGAUCAACAAGAACGAAAAGAAGAAAAUCGACGACCAAUUGUUUAUCGUUUUCUGAUCAAAGAUCAUGAUCAUCAUAAACUUUGGCAAAUGAAUCAAAUAGAUUUAUGGCGUUUAAUUGCAAAUCAAUUAAUGAAUUCUACAUUAGCUACGAAUGAUUGUAAAUAUUUAGCAUUUUGUUCAUUUUCAAGAUUUGCAUCGAAAUCGAAUCAGCCAAUUUGGUUACCAUCAAAACAAGUUAAUGGUUAUGUUUCAUUAGGCGGUGAUGGUUUAGCAUUGCUGAGUACACAUUGUUUAUAUUGUUGGCCUGAAACAAUUGAUGAAAUCAAUGAACGAUUUGAAGAUCAACGACCGGUUGAUGUCGAUCGAUUUAUGAAUGAUAGUAAUAAUAGAAAUACUCGAUCAGGUUGUUUGGCAACAACAUUUGGUGCUGUCGUUCAUGAAUUAGGACAUGUAUUUGGUUUAGCACACCGUUCGACGGGUAUAAUGUCCGAUGAAUUUAAUUUUAUUGAUGAAUUUUUUCGAAAAAAUAAUCAUCACAGCAAUGUUUGUCGUCGAUGGUGGACCGAAGAAGAUUUAACAAUUUUAAAUCUAAAUCCUUGGUUCGAUCCUUGUUUAUCAGCUGAUGACAAUGAAAAUGUUUUCAACAUAAUUACUACUGAUAAUCGAAAAAUAUUACAAUCAAAAUAUGAUAUACGUUUAUUAGAAUAUCGUCAUAUUGAUACAAAUUUGGUUAAAAAAUCUAAAAUUUUUAAUAAAUCAUCAAUCAAAUCAAUACAAAUCAAUUGGAUUGAUAAACAAUCCAAAUUAUACAUAUUAGAUUGUAAUGGUAAUAGUAAAACAUUUUAUUUAUAAAAAUCAAAAAUGAUGGACAAAAACAAACUUUUUA